AUGCCCGGCCAACUCACCCCCCUUGCCCUCUGCGGCUUCCUUCUCCCUUGGAUCUUCGCCACCAUAAUCCACAAAGCACUGGGAGAUCCAGCACCCCACCCGGGCCCCCACUACCUCCUGUCCCCCAUCCACGAGGUCAUUCACUCUCGCCGUGGGGCCACGGCCACGCUGCCCUGCGUCCUGGGCGCCUCGCCUCCCAGCUACAAGGUGCGCUGGAGCAAAGUGGAGCCGGGCGAGCUCCGCGAGACGGUGAUCCUCAUUACCAACGGGCUGCACGCACGCGGCUACGGGCCCCUGGGCGACCGCGCCCGCAUGCGGAGGGGGCACCGGCUGGACGCCUCCCUGGUCAUCGCGGACGUGCGCCUGGAGGACGAGGGCCGCUACCGCUGCGAGCUCAUCAACGGCAUUGAGGACGAGAGCGUGGCGCUGACCUUGCGUCUGGAGGGUGUUGUGUUCCCGUACCAACCCAGCCGGGGCCGGUACCAGUUCAAUUACUACGAGGCAAAGCAGGCGUGCGAGGAGCAGGACGGACGUCUGGCCACCUACGCCCAGCUGUACCAGGCCUGGACAGAGGGUCUGGACUGGUGCAACGCGGGCUGGCUGCUCGAGGGCUCGGUGCGCUAUCCGGUGCUCACGGCGCGCGCCCCGUGCGGCGGCCGAGGCAGGCCGGGCAUCCGCAGCUACGGGCCCCGCGACCGUAAGCGCGACCAUUACGACGCCUUCUGCUUCACCUCGGCGCUGGCUGGCCAGGUGUUCUUCGUGCCCGGGCGGCUGACACUGUCUGAAGCGCACGCGGCGUGCCGGCGGCGCGGGGCUGCGGUAGCCAAGGUCGGCCACCUCUACGCCGCCUGGAAGUUCUCGGGGUUGGACCAGUGCGACGGCGGCUGGCUGGCAGACGGCAGCGUGCGCUUUCCCAUCACCGCGCCGCGGCCCCGCUGCGGGGGCCUCCCCGAUCCCGGGGUGCGCAGCUUCGGCUUCCCCAGACCGCAGCAGGCGGCCUACGGGACCUACUGCUACGCUGAGAAGUAGCGACGCGACUCCAGCCUCGGGCUCGGGGGUCGCCUCGGGGUCUGCUCAC